UGCACCUCCUGCUUCUUCUGGGACAGCUGCACGAAAGCCGCCCGCACCUCCAGCAGCUCCGCCGUCUUCUGCGCCAGCUCCUUGGAAUGUGACAUCCAAGAGAAGGUGAACUUUGAAAUCCGCAUGCGAGAAGGCAUCUGUAAACUACUUGCGGUGAGCACGCAGAAGGACCAACUCUUGCAAGCAGUUAAAAACCUGAUGGUUUGCAAUGCUCGUAUACUUGCAUACCGGACAGAGCUCCAGAAGCAAAAAGAAGAGUCGAUGUCCUGCAGAACCGAAGAGUGGUCUUCAGAAAAUGGGACAAAAGACCGGGUGGCAUGCAAAGCAAAGGUUGCUAUAUCAGAUAUUCGAAUACCGUUAAUGUGGAAAGGCUCUGAUCACUUCAGCAAUAAAGAAAAAUCACAGCGCUAUGCGGUUUUUUGUUUGUUCAGAAUGGGAGCUGAGGUUUUUGAUACAGAGGUGGCUAUUGUGGAUAAAGCAAUAACAGAUAUCUGUUUUGAAAAUGUAACCAUAUUUGAUGAAGCAAGACCAGAUUUCCAGGUGAAGGUUGAAGUGUAUAGUUGCUGUACAGAGGAGUCUUUAUAUGUAACAAACACUCCUAAGAAACUAGCAAAAAGGCUUAAAACAUCCCUCAGCAAAGCUACAGGGAAGAAACUCAAAGCUGCACUGGAAGAAGACAGCACUGAAUCCCUUUUGCCCGCUGACCCGGUCAUCCAUGGAGCAAAGUACAGUUUGCUGGCAUAUACCACUUUGGGGCUGGAGAGUGCUGAGGACAAUUUCAGGACCCACAACCUUACCAUUACAGGAAAUGAGGAAUCUUCUUUUUGGCUCCCUCUCUAUGGAAACAUGUGUUGCCGUUUAGUUGCUCAGCCUUCCUGCAUGGCGAGGGAUGUGAUGGAAGGAUUUCUUAAUCAGCAGCAAACGAUAGGAAGCCUGACUAGCUGGAGGAGGUUGUAUUGCGUACUAAGAGGUGGCAAGCUCUUUUGUUAUUACUCACCAGAAGAAAUUGAGGCUAAAUUGGAGCCAGCAUUGACAGUUCCCAUCCACAAGGAAACGAGAAUUCGAGCUGUGGAUAAGGACUCCAAGAGAAGAACUAGUAACUUCUCUGUUAUCAACCCUGUGUCUGGAGAGGCUGUGACGCAACUUUUUGCUACUGACAGUAGGGACGAACUUCAUAAGUGGAUGGAGGCUUUCUGGCAGCACUUUUAUGAUCUGAGCCAGUGGAAACAUUGCUGUGAAGAAUUUAUGAAAAUUGAGAUUAUGUCACCACGGAAACCACCUUUGUUCUUGACAAAAGAAGCGACCUCCGUCUACCAUGAUAUGAGCAUUGAUUCUCCAGUGAAACAUGAGGGCUUAGCUGAUAUCAUACAAAGAAAAAUUGAAGAGAGUGAUGGUGAGUUCCUGCUUGGCCAGCAAAAAGAGUCUGCAUCUUCCUUAUGGGCUCCUCUCUUUGACGGAUCUCAUGAGAUGGUUGUUCAGAAAAACAUGCAUCUGGGCCCAAAAAGAGAUAUUACAAGUCCUAAUGAUAACAGAGGAAAGAAAAGAAGAGCUCCACCUCCACCCUCCGAUAAGUCACCGUACAGUGCAAAAGCACACGUAAACACAGAGCAAUUGGGCAAGGAAAACCGGGAGAAGUCUGAUCACGCGUCUGCUAGUAGUUCUUCCUUUGAUUCAGAGUUACCUAUGAAAAUGCAGCAGUUGCAGACACCCAUUGCUGCUCCUCGCAAAAUUGGUUCUUGUAGAAAAACCAGUUUAGCUGGUCAUGGGAAUCCCAUUUCGUUGGUUAACAAGACCGAGUCUGAAACCAAAGCGGUGCCAACCCCUAGACAGAAAUGCAUCACAGAAAUGCUAGACCCUAGAACAUGGGUGCAGCCAUAGACAUCAUAAUUAUCUUAGAAGAGUCCCUGGAAUUUUAAGUUUCUCAGCCUUCUAUAACUCUUGAGUAAAAAUAGAUUUUAGCGUACAACUUGUAAGUAUUGAGUCUGCAGGUUUUUUCUUUUAGCCAGGGCAUUACUACUAGCUGCGGUCUCAGCUGUACUCCUUACUGCCAACACCUAAAUAACUGCAGUAGUAACAGGGGCAGUUGCCUCUAUCUGAAAUAAUAGUGCUACUUCUGAAGAGAGUGGCUCAGUGCGUUCCCCUCGAAAAGCCGGCAAUGUUCAGGGUAACUCCAUGUCCCUGCAGCAGGGAUGUUGCCACUGCCUUCUGCCAGUCCCCCAGCUGAGCCCGUCUGCAGCUCUUAGACUAGUUCAAGGGGGAAUUUCACACAGAUCGUGCAAAGCUGACUUUGUGGGGCUCCAUGCUUGGCUUCACCUAAAAUAUUCUUCUCCCCCUCACUGUUUGGGAACCACGGCUUGUAAGACAGUGUACUAGCAAAAAUUACUGUGCUCUUCUGAAUGGCUCUGUAACUAUAAAUUUUGGAAGCAGUUCUAUCAAUUUAGUGUGGGAUCUCCUAAGUUCUUGCUGGUGCAUGCGCUGUCCAAAUGGACCGGGUUUUUCUGUGUAUGAGCAAGGAUGUUGAUCUAUCACUGCUGCUGAUUUUGGACUAACACGAACGUGUAAGAGCAGUACUGUGUAUGAAUGCCUAUGCGGGAUUUCAUUUGCAUGGUUGUCUUUUCUAGUGAAUGGGGCUCUGUAGCAUUGCUUCUCCUUUGUGGAGCCUCUCAGCGGUUCCUGGUGGGUAGCUGGUUGGUAAGCAUGGCAGUGUUACUGGUAAAUAGGGGUUUUUCCACCACUUGUUCUUUCUGAGAGAGCAGAGAAUAAGUACUUGAGGUGAAAAUAUUGAACUUUGAUAUUCUUCCAUCAGACUGUUUGCCAUUUUUGUAGGAAGCGUGGAUUAUUAGGGUUCCUGUGGCACCUGCAAAACAUACAUUGCAUACAGAAAAGAUCCUGUUCUCCUGGAUCCACAGCUUAAAUAUCCAACCUUUCCUUGGUUGGUGCAUUUAUCUCAGACACUGGAACUUAUCCAAGAGCAAAGAUCUGCUUGCAGAUCUCCCUCCAGAGCCUUGGUAUUCAGACCUGUGUUGGAAGAGUCAUAUCAGCAACGGUAUACAUACAGUUCACUAAUUUUUUUUUUUUUUUUUUUUUCUCCCUAAAGUGCAGAUGGCUUUAGGAGCUUUACCAUUUCUCCAUAAGAUAUUGUGUGCAUGGUUGGUUGGUUUGGUUUUAUCUAUUUUUUUUGUCUUCUGCUAAGCUCUUGGCUGUGCAGCUGUAAAGGUAUCUGCUGAAUUCCCUCAGUAGUUCAUUGGCUAUUUGGGAUGGGGCUUGAGAGGCAGGUUUCAUUUACAAAUCCUUUCGUAGGAUUAGAGGCUUUGUUUCUAGAAUGUCCUUGUUCAUUCUUCGUUUAAUCACAUUCCAUUUUCCCUGUGAAACAACCAUAAUCAUUCUUACAAUAAAUCAUGCUGUUACUUAAGUGGAUGGUUUGUGAAUGGUUUAUAAAUAGGAACAGAAAAACUGAAGAAUAACUACAUGAUUAUGUAAAUCAGACACAGUUGACUAAGUGGACUGUGCAACUGAAAAA